AAGCGGCGUUUAGUACCUUUAAAAUAUCCUUUAAACAAUUGGACUGUUUCUUGUAUUAAAUGCGAUAUAAUAAAAAUUAAAUGUUGUUACAAUAAUACAUCGCUUUGUUUUUUCUUUGCCCCUUCAAAGAGCCAAUAGUUUCAUACCUUUGUUGUUGGAGACCAGUCAGCAAGAGACCGCUGUUACAAACACAGAUAGUAUUAAAGGUCAAAUAGUUAUGGUUAAUUUUACCGAAAGAAACGAUAUGCGUUUAAGAGAUGUAUGAGCACGCAGCUCUCAUCAGACUUAUCUGAACGCAGAGCCAGUUAUUUGCACUAUCCAAUUGAAACAUUAACGUUGUGCUUCUAAAAUUGUCCAAGUUAAUAGAUAUAAACAUAGGUCUCAAAUUAUUUUUAAAUAAAAACACAUACGGUGGAUGUCUCUCUUCUAUAUUUGUCGUCAUACAUAUAUAUAUAUAUAUAUAUAUAUAUAUAUAACAUACAAGAAUAUAACACAUUUUAGUAUUCCUGUUUCUUUUGCUACGCUCUGUUUUAUAGUUGUACCAUUUCUGAAUCUUUUCUUUGCAUUGUUUGACCACUUUUUGUUAUAAAUGAAAAUGCAGAUAAUUUAUUGGGGCUUGAGGAGACAGAGGGAGAAGAUGACUUCAGGGAGGAGUAUGCUUGCCCCUUCUGCUCUGACUACUUUGAUAUCGACUCUCUGCUGCCACGUAGGCGAAGACCUUCAUAUGGACACGAUUAAUGGGGUAAAACAUUUAUUUUCUGUAAUCAAACCAUUUGAUUAUGCGUCAAAUACAACUUUGUGUUUGAAUCCCUGUAGGUAUGUCCCGUAUGUGCGGUGAAAGUGAGCUCUGAUAUGGUUGCUCAUAUAACCCUUCAACAUUCAAAUAUGUUCAAGAUAUCCUUUUUAAUAUUUCCUCCUACCACUUUGUUUUAUAUUUUUACUUUAUGUGAUUCUUCAAAUGAGUCAUUCCUUAACGAAAAUAUUACAUGACAACGCGGAAAAGGAAAGCAAGAAGAGGUGGGGCUCAGUCCAUGCUAACAAUCUUGAAGAGAGAGUUUCCUGAUGGAAAACUUCAGAGCUAGUUUGAAGGAUCAUCACUUGUUGUUGUAUCGUAUCAUCUUCCUCGUCCAGUAUAAUAGCUGCUGACCCUUUGCUGUCUUCCUUCAUUUCUCCUAUGGCUGAGUCAAGUCUAUGUGGAGAAGAAACAGGUUCCACUGCCAAGAAAACGUUGAGUCAGAGUUUGCCUGAACGAUAUUGCUUUCUCACAAUAGAUCUGGAUAUUCUCAUUGCAUAGCUAUCUGAUUAGUCCUUUGUCUUUGACUUGGAUUUUUACAGGAAUGUUGAGAAGAAGUUGGUUUCAGAAGAGGAUCACAGAGAAAAGUUGAAACAGAGCGAGUUCGUUCAGGGGGUUUUCAGCUCUAUGAUUCUUGUUGACGAUUUAUGAAGGGAGAGAACAUAACUUCUCUACGGUUAUUAUUAGAUCAUUCAGCGAUUGGGGAAAAAAAAGUAAUGGAGUUUUUGUUUUAGCAACAAGUGAUAUAGGGAAGGGUUUGUGGAUUACCAGAAUAAUGUUAGAGAGCUUUUUGUAUUGAGGAGUUAUUAUUUAUCUUAUUGAACACAGUUUCUCUAAAGAACACUUAGAUUUAUCUGUAUACUGUAAGAAAACAGCAAUGAUAUAUUUGCAUUGAGUUAUGUGGAUAAGGCAAGGACUGAGAAAGCAAACAUUGAUCUACAGAUAUAGUAUGACUAACAAUAAUUCAGAAUAUAUAGAUUUAAGACUGUUAAUGGUGGGGGCCGCGCGAACGCAGACACCCCUCUGCCACAAAUAAUGACGCAGGUUCUCCCACUUGGGGAGACCUUAGGCUAAGCACCCUUCCUUUAAGUGCAAUGGAAGUCACUAGCCUAGGCCACUCGUCUUAUUGAUCACGAGUUGACCCCGUCCAGGUAAGUGAUUUGAACGUUCACUCUACUUCCCUUCUUAUACUCUGCUCCGCGUGUUAUUCACUUUAUGUGUAAGCGAUGUGGGACUUGUGAGUAGCACAUGUCACUCGGUCAAAAGCUGCAUAUACUGUUAUACAUAUGGGCCGGAUGCUGUAAGCCUAGUUAAGUGUUUGAGGAUUUAUAGUUACGUUGCUGGAUACUCGAUACAAACUGCGGAUUUGCUAUGAUGAUUCUUGCCUUUGACGGGAUUUUACAUGAAUAUAAAAACAGUUCUUUCAUCAGAAACAGAGAAAAGUUAAAUCAUUCAGCGAUAUAUUGGAAAGCUGAAACAUUCGGGUAAAUAUCUUGUUUUUGAUCAGUAUUAGCACUGAGUUCUGCUCUUAAAAGUAUGUUUGUAUUUUACGUUCUGUGAGUACAUUAUAACAUCAUUUUAUAAUUUAGACAAAGAUGCUUUUCUUCAAACAAAAAUAAGAACCAAAACUUGAACUUAAAGAUUGUAGGGCUUUACCCCGAAGGGAGCCCUUCCAGAAAUUCUCGAAAGCCAAAGACAAGCUAAGGCCUAGGAGGGGGUUUGGAAAUAGUUUUCAACCAGCAAUAGACGCGCCUCGGUUAGUACCUCAUUAGCUGCGUCAUUGCCCCAAGCGCAAAGAUGACUUUCAACCAACGACUGCGUCUCUCUUUUAUAGUCACCAAAACCAUCCUACUUGAUAUACAUCUCCGAUGUGGGACAAUUAAUAUAGCUUGACCUGCCAAUUAUUAAUGUCCUUUUAUCAAAUCAUAUAUUUGUAACUCUCGUCGAAAUAUCAGUUCUGCCUAAAUACAACAAUGUUUUGUAAUUUAUUUUAGGCUUUUUAGCAAAAAACAUGAAAUCAUAAUAACAGUAUAAGGUUUGACAGCUACGAAAUUACAAAAGGUUUCAAAAGACUCAUAAUGUAUGGUAGGAGCCGCGCGGACGCAGGCUCCCUCUGCCACAAAUAAUGACGCAGGCUCUCCCACUUGGGGAGACCUUAGGCUAAGCGCCUCUCCUUAGUGCAAUGGAGAUCACUAGCCUAGGCCACUCUUCUUCUUGAUCAAGAGUCGACCCCGUCCAGGUAAGUGAUUUGCUCUUUCUCUCUACUUCCCUUCUUAUACUCUGCUCCGCUUGUUAUGUUUUGUAUGUGUAAUCGAUGUGGGAUGGUUUACAACAUUUUACUACUGAAACAGGCUUGAGAUGGCAAAAUUCGUUUGUAUUGUACAUAUGGGCCGAAGGCCAUUUCAGUGUUUGGGCUACAAACCAGAAACAAAUCUCUGAGUUUGAGUUUGAGUUUUGAGUAAAAAGGUUAAAAGUGAAGCAUUAAAUUAAGAGAAUGAUGAAAUCAUCAGAGAAUAAAAAAGAGUGACAUCACACACUUAAUCAUGAAACCACUAGUGCUCUUGCUGCCUUUGUUGAUAUCUUGAAGUGAUAAUUUUCCUGAAAAAGCAGGCCUGACCCUCAACAACUCUGAACUGGAAGCAAAAUAAAGGGGGCUUAUUACAUAUAAAAAUUGGGAAACAAAGUUGACUACGCUUGAUCUCAGCAUCACAAUAACAUAACAAUGCUAACCAUAAACCAACUAAUCUACCGAAGAUUUUGUUGAAAAGAAGACCGAAAUUUAAGAUAUUCUAAGCAUGGCCGGAACCACAUGCUUUGUUUGCUUGUAUACAGGGUCGGUAACAUGAAAGAGAACAAUGGAUUGAACAUCUAAAUGCACUUCAAGGACAUAGCAGAUGUACAUAUUUGCAUUGAAACUUCCACUAAAUACUUCCUACCAAACGUUAUGCAAAAGAAAAGAGACACAACCAUAUAUUAUAGGCCAUACCAAUUAGUUUGAAUACUCAUACAAUCGUAUAGGGCUAGAGAUCAUAUACAGUACAUGGAAGAGGGUUAGUGUCUUGGCCUAAUGUCUCGGUUUUUUUUUCUUUUGGAUUCGAAAUUGCUUCAUCAUCUGUUUAGGACGUUUUUAGUUUUAUAUAUCUGCUUAAAAAUCACCUUUGUUUGAGAAAAUGGAGAAACAAAACUACAAAAGUUGCAGUAUAUUCCUAAACUUUAUCUAUUGUAUGUAUUGUCUAAUAUAUCUCCCAUUUUGUGUUUCUUAGGAAAAUAUUAAAACUAAUAAUUAAAUCAUAACAUUUCCUCUUUUAUUUUCAUUUUUCUUAAUAUAAUUUGUCUAUGCAGAUUAGUAAUGUGCAGACAUAAUCUAUAUUAAGAUAAAAUAACCAACCUUCAUAAAUAUUUUCACGAAAACCCUACCUUGUUUCCGAAUGUUUAAUCAUGAUUUUGGAUGUGACCGGUGAAGAAAAUAUACAGUAUAUGUUUCAUCCAAUCAACUUUAAAAGGCUGUGGGGGUGGUGGACUACAUCUUAAAACUUGCGUGUUUUCUAAUUUUUUCCUAACUAGAGAAAAACCCCAAACUUACAAUCCAAAAAUAAAUAUCAUAUAGUACUUAGUUGCUAUCACAACAAUAAUCAGUGUUAUGAUUAGACAGUGUUAUACCGUAACAUCUAUUCACGGCCAUAGUGUUUAGGUCGGGAGAGACAGGAGACCUUGUUUGCUACUUUAAAUGUUCCAAUCCCAAAGCAAAGGAUAUACACUGGAGGGCUCCUCUCAAAAGCCUUCACAAAUCAAAAGUAUUUUUCAAGUACAUCAAAUCAUACUUAUGGAACUUCUUUUGUCGCGUUCCGUCGACGGGCGUAAUUAUCUAUUUAAUAUGUCAACUGUUAAGCAUAAUUGUUAUCAUCUAUUUUUGGUCAGACAGUUAUACACAUGCAAUGAUGAUAUCGUAUCAGUCUAGUUCGUUUUAUUUCACAUUUUAAGAAGGGGUCGUUGGAUUAAUAACCUAAAUUCCGUUCUACAUAUGUCUGAACUUUAUAGUAUCAUCGAUGCAUCAUCAUCACUUCGAUUGAUCUCUGCAUAAUAUUAAUACAUUUUGUUGACAGUAGAAUUAGUGUGAAAAUAAAACAACUGAAAGUGAUGUCUGGUCUGUUUUUCUUACUAAUUAGGAAGGAAUGUGAAAUGAUAUAGUCCACAGACACUUUGACAGUUUAUACAAAUUUAUUAAUUAAGCUCCCUAAACAAAAGCAAAAUAACUGUCCCUCUUAUAAAAACGAGGCACUUAUGGAUAUUAUCAUACUAAUGUUACAAAAUUAUGAAGAACGUCGGUCCCAUUUAAGAAGCAAUAAUCCAUUUAUUAUUAGGAUCCAUUGAACUGGACCACCCAAACGAAUACACACCACGUCGUACCAUACAUACAGAUUAAUACAUUCGUUUAUGAUGUAGCGUUUUAUAAUAUCAAAAGAACCAUAUAUCUAAGCAAAGCUAUACUUUUACAGGUUGGUGUGUUCGGCAAAGGGUCAUGCUCACUUCUAAAAGCUGAUACUUAUACAUUAUAAAGUUGAUUUUCGAUAAGAGCAGAUGAUACCACGAUUAAUGUAAUAGGGUUAUUUCAUUUGACACAUAAUCUUUCCAAAGGCUGGAGCUUAUAUAUACAACAUAAAGUUUAGUUCUAGAUAUUAAUAUUCCGACCAGCUAAAAAUCUACAACAAAAUAAUUGUUAUAAGAUUGAAGAUCACGAAAACAGUACAAGUUUUGACGAUCUGUGGGGUAUGUAGUUAGUGCCAAAGCUAACCUCUGUUCUAAAAGUUGAAAGAAUAGAAAAUGUGGAGGUUCAGAAAUUGAUGUGUGUUUUUUGAUCUGAACUUACGUGCCUAAUCCUCACUUUAGCCAGCAUGUUUAUGGGCUGCCUGCCUUUUUAAAAGUGGCCCCAUUCAAAUUACGGCCCGAGCAUUUCAUUUAAUCGCUAAUUAAAUUACGAUUUCUUCAUCGGAAUUUGGAUACAUGCGCGCCUUUUCUGGAUCAGGUCCGAAGCUCCGGUUUGACUAACAGGCAAACGGCGUUAAAGGUAAUCAUCUUAUGUUUUCUUAUCAUGUCCAAAAUGUAGUGAAAAUGCAUCCAAAUUCCAACAAGAAAUUAAUGAUUUAUAACAUUUGCACUUCAAAAUAAUCGAUAAUACAGUAAAUAAAUAUUUUUCUUAUUAAUAGAAUCACUAAAAAGGUAAUAUAUUAAACUUAAUUCUUUUUUUUGACAAAAAAAGAAUAUAUUUACCUGUAAAAGUAUAAAAAUAUUGGAAAAUAUUCCAUAUUUUUAUUAAAAAUUAUAUUUUGUAUGUUUAUACAUAUUAAAAUUCAAUGAUAAGUAUAAUUUAAAGUAAUAAUAAUUCAGUAAAUACAAUUACGUUUAUUAAAAUUUACAGUUUACCAUUUAUUAACUCAUAUCAAAUAUAUUGAAAACAUAAAAUACAUCCAUUUAGAGAUAAAAAAAUUUCUACAAAAUAUUUAUCUUUCAAGAGUUGAAGGAAUAUUUUAUAAUCAGACAAUUCCAAGCAUAACCUUUUAAUUUUUUUAAACAUAUAAGCCGCUGGUCGUAAAAAAGGAAACAAAUAAUAUUGGCCGAAAGAAAACGAACCUAACCAGAAGGUUAGGGGGAUAGGUUCGGAGCGUAUUGCGCCUCUUUCACCCCCUCCGCUAGAAUCUAAAUAUUAAUUAAUUAAUUUGGUUUAAUCCAUAGAAAGUGUUAGCGAGAAAGUGAGGGAAAUUAUUCAUUUCAAAAGACAUAUCCUUCUUCCAUUGCCAUCCUUUAUAAUACAAACCGCAAACUUCUCCCUAUCGUCUUCUUCCUCACACAGAGAGAGAGAGAGAGAUUCUCUAAUCAUUAACAAUUUCGCGAAAAUUCUCUGGAUGGAGUCGAAUGAUUUUUCCUUCUCCGUAGUAUCCAUCGUUGAAGAUGUUCUUCAACAUUAUAGUACCCGAUCAAACGACGCCGGAUCGCUGUUACCCCGGAAACUCGAAGAAUCUUCUUUAAGAAGAUACGAAGCUGCUGCAUGGCUUAGAGAAACGCUCGGAGUUUCUAGCGGUAGAGACUUCCCCGCCGAACCUUCUGAAGAAGAUUUUAGGCUUGGGUUGCGAAGUGGGAUCGUUCUUUGUAAUGUUCUUAACAAAGUUAAUCCUGGCUCAGUCUCAAAGGUUGUUGAAGCACCGGAUGAUGUUGCAGAUGGAGCUGCGCUCUCUGCUUUUCAGUACUUUGAAAACAUCAGGAAUUUUUUAGUUGCUAUUGAGGAAAUGGGUUUGCCAUCUUUUGAAGCUUCUGACAUGGAGAAGGGAGGAAAGUCUAUUAGGAUAGUGAACUGCAUACUUGCACUUAAGUCUUACAGCGAGUGGAAACUGAAAGGUGGAACUGGUCCGUUUAGGUAUGGAUCCAACAUGAAGAAUAAUUUUGGAACGAGGAAACCGUUUCUGAGGAAAAGUUCAGAGCCGUUCAUGAGUUCCAUGUCAAUAAAUCAUUCAUCAACUGAUCAACCUCUGUGUUCUGAUGUUGGGCAAGUAAGUGGAUCCAUUAACGGGCUUGUUCGAUCAUUUCUUUCAGACAGAAAGCCUGAAGAUAUUCCAAGUGUUAUAGAGUCUGUGCUGAACAAAGUUAUGGAAGAAGUCCAGCAGCGGUUAUCAAUCCACAAUGAAAUGAUGAAAUCAAGUUCAAAGCCUAUUCAAGAAGAUGAUUCAUCCUGCGAGGAGACAGUGGUACCGUCUCAGCAGUGUGAGGUAAGGCAACAUGAGGAAACUGAAGAGAACAGUCCAUCAAAGGUCGUAGAAGAAAAGAUUCAAAGAAUAAAUACUGAACACUAUGAAGAACAAGAGAUUCUUCUAAAUCAACAAAAGCACAUCCAGGAGUUGAAGCAAACUUUAAGCACUACAAAAGCAGGAAUGCGAUUACUGCAGAAGAAGUAUCAAGAAGACUUCUUUCACCUAGGCAAUCAUGUAAAUGGUUUAGCUCACGCGGCUACGGGAUACAAAAGAGUGCUUGAAGAAAACCGCAAACUGUACAACCUAGUGCAGGACCUGAAAGGGAAUAUACGAGUAUACUGUCGGGUUAGGCCAUUCUUGCCUGGGGAACCAACUGCUUUGAGUACCGUGGAACAUAUAGAAGAAGGGACUAUCACAAUCAGAGUGCCAUCAAAGUAUGGGAAAGAAGGUCACAAACCAUUCAUGUUCAACAAAGUCUUUGGUCCUUCUGCAACACAAGAGGAAGUGUUUUCAGACAUGCAGCCUUUGGUACGGUCGGUUCUUGAUGGCUACAAUGUCUGCAUCUUUGCUUACGGCCAAACCGGGUCCGGGAAAACUUUUACCAUGACAGGGCCUAAGGAACUGACUGAAGAAAGCCUAGGUGUGAACUACAGGGCACUGGCUGAUCUGUUUCUUCUAUCAGAUCAAAGAAAAGACACAACCAGCUACCAAAUCUCGGUUCAGAUGCUUGAAAUUUACAACGAGCAAGUCAGAGAUCUACUUGCCACAGAUGGCCAAACCAAAAGGUUGGAGAUCAGAAACAACUCUCAAAAUGGAAUUAACGUUCCGGAAGCAAGUCUAAUGCCUGUCUCAUCGACCGAUGACGUUAUACAGCUGAUGGAUCUAGGACAGAUGAACCGUGCAGUGAGCUCUACAGCCAUGAAUGACAGAAGUAGUCGAUCUCACAGCUGUGUGACUGUUCAUGUUCAAGGCAGAGACCUCACGUCUGGAACUAUCAUCCAUGGUUCCAUGCAUCUGGUUGAUCUUGCAGGAAGCGAGAGAGUGGACAAGUCAGAGGUGACUGGAGACAGGCUGAAGGAGGCUCAACACAUCAAUAAGUCACUCUCGGCUCUUGGCGAUGUUAUCUCUUCGCUUUCUCAGAAGACUUCUCAUGUGCCUUACAGGAAUAGUAAACUCACCCAGCUGCUCCAGGACUCCCUCGGUGGAUCAGCCAAGACGCUUAUGUUUGUACACAUUAGUCCAGAAGCUGAUACUCUUGGAGAAGCUAUUAGCACUCUGAAGUUUGCUGAACGAGUGGGGAGUGUUGAGCUAGGCGCUGCUCGUGUGAACAAAGAUAACUCAGAAGUCAAGGAGCUUAAAGAACAGAUUAUUAAUCUUAAAAUGGCUUUAGCGAGGAAAGGAAAUGGUAAUGAUGCACAACCAACCUCUUUGCCACAUACCCCUGAGAGAGUAUCAAGAAGAAGAUCACUUGAAACACCUUCCGUGCGACCCAAGCUUCCUAACAUUGGAAACGCGCCAAGCAACCUUAGGCAGCCUUUUAGCGAUACUGCAUCUUCAAGAAGACACACCUUAGACCUCCAUGAGUUAAUGAGGCGGAGGCAAUCACUCAACGCGAAUGAAGAGGAUAGAGAAUCUAAGUCAGGGGAGUGGAUAGAUAAACAAGAUCUCGAAGUGCAGAGUGUUACAGAUAACGAAUCUGAUGAAGGCGUGGCAAGUGACUGCUCAGAUUCUGAUUUGUUGUGGCGAUUGAACGUUCAAGUGAAUGUGCCUAGAGUUGCUAAUAAACAAAGUUCAGAAAAUCCCAAACCGAGGAAAGUUCAGACAAGAACUACUAAACUCUCAGAAACCAGAAGUUUAAUUCCAUCUCUGAUCCCAGCACCAAGUAAGAGAACUCCUAACACCGUGAACUCGCAGCCGCAGCAGCGAGUAACCAGAGAUGGAAAACGCAGAUUGAGUUUAGGCAAGUGAACAUGUUUUCACCAGUUUUUUUGUAAAGAGUUAAAACAAGGAAAUUAAAACAAAAGAUUGUUUUUGUAUAAUGUGAAUCUCAAAUAUACUGCUUUGUGUGUACAAUAUUAUACAAAUUUACUGGAAAGAGAACAUAA